AUGGCCAAAAGCAAGCUCGCCAGCAAGGCUGGGGCCGACCAGCCCACCACCGAAAGCAAGACGCAGCGGAAGCUCGAUCACGAGUCGGCUUUUGCCGCCAAGAUGCAGACCGGUCCGGACGAGAGCAGGCUGGACGGCAUCGAUGAGGACGAUCUGUUCCUCGAGUAUCAAGAGCCUGACUAUGGCUUCAUCGCAAAGUCGUGGCCGUUUGGUUUCCUAAGCCAAAACAUUGCGCCUUUCUUCGCCAGCGCUUUGACCGAAGGAAUCAGAGGUCGGCAAGGAGCCACCUCUCGCGCCCCAAGCAUCAGGAAGCGCGAGCUUCCCAAGCGCUUCGGGUUCUUCGAGCACCAGGUCGCACAGGUCAUUGCGGCCUUCGACAUCGCCUUCAUCGCGAUGAUGGCUCUGCAACUUGCCACGUCCGAGGAGGUUAUCCAGUCCAACUUCGUCUGGACUUUUCAUCGUCACUUUGUGACGGCUCGCGCAAUCCUCAAGAGUCAUCCCUUCGUCAAGAGCUGGAUGGAACCUCCGACUCACGUCUUCGAAGAGGUUGGUCGAUUCAUGAAGGAGAACCGCCGUCUGGCGAUGAACGAGAGCACCGAGCUUACGGAAGUUGCUGCUGCCAUCCAGCACAACGACGUAGACCUGGAACGGCAAGUCAAGAGGCAGCAAGAAGAAGCCGAUGACGACAGGCGACGUGCUUCGAUCUCCUACUCUGCCCUGAUCGAACGGGCCAUCGACGUAAUGCUCCAGAACUCUUACACCCUUUCGAGAACCAAGUUUCUGGAGGGCAAGAGCAUCAAGGAUGCGACUCCUCAGGCACAGUGGCAGAUCCUCCUCGAGGAGGCCGUCAUCGCCGAGGUCGUGGUGGUCAAGAUGGGUCGCCGGAAGAAGCGCCAAGCUCGGCAGGCACCGAGCUGGCUUCCUUCCUAUGAAGCAGUCUCGAAGCUGCCGGCCAGCGAGAGGGCCGACCUGAUCGUAAACCAAGCCAAAGAGCAGAUUUCGAGGCUCUUCACGGCAGCCGCUCGCAAGCAUCAAGUUAGCAAGGCCAAGAAGCAGGCCGACCCCGUCAACGAUGUCGACAACUCCAACAACGCUUCGCAGGUCCUUGUGCCGCGUCACGACGCUCAAGACAGCCCCGAACCUCCGAAUGCUCCUGACAAUGUUCUCACUGGAGCUAGUUCCGCCGCACACAAAGUCUCGCACUCGUUGACGGCGGCAAUCGUCAAACUCCUCCAAGUCCAUGCCGAUAAGUUCGACACCUGCAACGGUGGAAGGACCUGGCGUGAGGAAGCUACGACGAGCUUGGUGCAAGUUCUCCGAGGUAUCGCGCUGCCAAGCGACAAAGACUAUGCAGUCGAAGUCAAGCUCAUGGCUGCUCAGCAGCUGCCCACCUCGUCGCCUCAGGAGUCGGACCCUCACGGUUUCGAGGAAAGUCCCGAAGGGAUCGACUUUGAUCUCAACGAAGACGAGUGCCGCCGUCUCCUGUCGUUCUGCAUUGCCAACCAUGGCUCUGCCAAGACGAUCACAAUUCCGAUCAAGGAACGAGACACGGCACAGUGGGCGAGAAUGAUGGACAAGUACGAGCCACUGGCCUUGACGGAUCUCGGCUUCCGAGAACACCCUCUCAACCGGGCUCUCACGGCGCCACUUGCCGAGCCUUUCCGCUUGGAGCUCAACCAAUGGCGAGCUGUCUGCUGGCAUGCACGCAAGGUCUUCCAUCAUGUGGCCGAGACUGCACGUCACGAGGCUCUCGACUCGGGCAGGAUUCGUGCCCCGCCGCAAGAUUGGUCCGCUGGAGGCAUCCUCGCCGAUCCGCCGGGCACAGGAAAGACGAUCAUGGCGAUUGCAUUUGCACUGUUCAACAAGAAGGUGGGCUUCUUCGAUCACGCCACCUUCUUCUUCGUCAGCGCGAGUGUCUCGCAGCAAUAUGUCAACGAGAUUCACCGCUUCGUUGACCGAAAUGCCGCCAUCACGAUCGCAGACUGCACUGCCUCCGAAGGGAGUGAGAAGGUCCUCAAGCAGGAGCUGAAGGCGGACAAGGCUCGGUGGCGUGCCGACUUGUUUGUCCUCACUCCUAGCCGACUCAUCCUCACCGGGAAGAAGGCGCGCGAUCCGCUUGUCCCGACGCAUCAGAGUAACCUGUAUGGUACUCUGAUCUUUGACGAUAUCCACCACAUGGCGGCCUUCAACACGCAGCUGUUUUCCCGCCAAUUUGGCGUCCGUCGAGCAUACACGAUCGGCGUAUCCGCGACACCAAUCAGGGAUCUGGCGAGCUUCCUCACAGUGCUUGCCUUCUGCGGCAACCCUGGAGCGCUGCUAGGGGACGCUGCGCAGGCGAAGAUGAUGAUGCUGAGCCCCGAGCAGCAUCACAUCACAAACAAGUGGCUGGUCGAUGUCGUGCAGCCCGCAAGUGAGCGGGACCAGCACCUCAAAAACAGCAAGGCCACGCAGGAAAAGAUCGAGCUCCUGCUUAGGGAUCUGGCUUCCCGAAGCUUGCCCAAGCGGAAGGACUCCCAGAAGGCCGCAAUGGCAAAGUACCAGGCUUUGAUGCAAGAGGUGUUCGUUCCCUUGCUCAGGGAGACCUCCGAUCUCGAUCGAUACACGGAGCAGGCCAAGCGAGACCAUGCCCGAUACGCCAAGGCGAUCCGCAUGUACACCUUACCGCCUGGGGACAAAGCUGCGGGCCCGGCCAUCCUGAAGCGAGACAGAGGCAUGGACGCCGGCGUCCAGCACAAGGUAAGGACUUUCGUUGUGUUUGCCGACCCUUCUUCCGACGGCCUGGACGCGAUCAAGAAGUCCAAGCAGACCUGUGUGCAAGCCCUCGCGCAGCGUAUCCUCGACAAGGCGAGCUCGAGGACAUCAAGAACGAGCGGAUCAAAGACGAGGCUGCAGGCGGAGGAGGAGGCACAGAGAGCAUACAACGGGAAGGACAACUUCUCAUACGAGGUCUUCCACGGGGCGCUCUCUGCCACCGCCCUUGCUGCCAACAAGGACCUCGAUGCCAAGCAGACGGACAAGCUCGUCAAACUGGCAAAGAGCCUCCUCGCAACUGUCCCGUCCACGAAAGCCACGAUCAUCGCGGAUCUCAUCGAGUCCAUGAUCAACUCGUGGCACGGCAAGCACGAAUUGGUGGACGAGCGCUUUGCCAGCUGCAUCGCCCCUCCACCUGGACCCGACGAUGCACCCAACAAGAUCGUCGUCUUCCUGCGCCACGCUCAGAUCGCUGCGCUCCUCCUCAAGCACCUCCAGCAGCGCAAGAUACCCUUCCUCAACAUGUUCGGGGGCGACCGCAAGAAUCGCCCAGCUGAUUCCAUCGACAGCUGGGCAGAGUCGAGCAUUCCCAUCCUCAUCAUCUCCGAAGCCCUCCAACAUGGGCUGAACAUGACCUGCGCCAACGUGGUCAUAUUCGCAGAAGAAAACUACCAGGAGACCGACGACCUCCAAGUCGUCGGUAGGAUCGACCGCAUCGGUCAGCGGAAGACGUGCUUCGUUAUCCAUGUCAGGAUGCGAGGCUCGUACGACGACCAGAAGAGGUCGCUCGCCCGUCAACGCCACCACAAUAUGCUCCCCCUCAGCGGGCAUAGCAGACUCGGCAGUCUGCUCGAAAUCUUCGACACUUCUAAUCUGCAAGAAGAUCUCGAAGAGGCCAAUGAAUGGGCGAAGGGUCUAUACAGCGACGAACACUUGCCCAUGACGGCUUGGAGGAAGGUUGCCGCCCGGCUGUUCGGGGAGGAGUUUGCGGCACAAGCACCAUCUGUCGCCGCCGUAGAAGAGCCCGAGACCGAGAGCCACGCCAACUUUUCGCCAGCAGAGGAGGAAGAGGAAGGGGACGAACUUGAACGGAAGUAG